CUCUCUCUCCCCCCCCCCCCCCCCUCCUCAUGGGCAUGCUCUGCUCUUCUGCUUCGAACUCAGACCCACUAGUCCCAGACCUCAAAUAACUCCCCAACAAACCCCACCUAAUUUACAGGUUUGCCACGCAAAGCUUAGCAAGACGGCCGCUUCUAUAAGCCACAGUUGGAGCAGUAAGCUGGGGAAAGUUGCUCUUUCCAACUUCAUGGCUUUGGGGUUCUCCUCCAUCCAGACCAGCCAUUUAAGACCAUCUUGCCCUUCUUAUUUCUCCUUAUUCCGCUCCUGUCCCCGGUCGUCCAGGUCCCUGUGGACUAGUCCCAGACCACAGGCUUAUGCGGCCCAGGCUGAUGUUGGGAUUUCAGGUAAUCCGACAAUCCCUUUCAACCCAGUUCACUAUAAUCCCGAAAGAAAAUCCAACGAUAAUAGAAAAGCCUGGAAACACGAGGCUUGGGCAUUGAGAAAGGAAAAGGUGAAGGAAAAUCCUUAUGGAAGUAACAUAUCCUGUAGAGUAAAUAUUGAAACAUAUACGCCAGAAAGGAAUGAGGGUUCCCUACAUUUGGAUGAUAAGUUGGAUGUAAAGUCUGAAGCCUCAUUUUACAAAACAUCGGCAAUUGAUGAUCAAAUCAGUGAAAGUUUUGCAAACAUACAUGAGGCUGAGGCUUCUCCUGAGGUACAAUCGGGUAAAGCACAUGGUGAAGGAAAUAAUGUUGACAAGGUGAGUGGUUAUGGAGGGAUUGACAAGAUUAAAGUGGACAAGGUGAAUGGUUACAGACGGGGCAGUCAGAAUGUGUCGGCUUAUGGAGCGAUUGACAAGAUUAAGGUGAACAAGGUGAAUGGUCAUGGACGGGACCAUCAGAAUGUGUCCGCUUAUGGAGGAGUUGAUAAGAUAAAGUGGACAAGGUGAAUGGUUAUGGACAGGACCGUCAGAAUGUGUCAGCUUCUGGAGGGAUUGACAAUAUUAAAGUGAAGAAGGUGAAUGGUCAUGCAGAUGCUGCUCAUGUGAUUCAAAGGGACAAGUCAGCUAAAAAACCUUCUGAAACUAAAGCUGCUACAGCAAUAAAUGAGGGAGAUCUUCUUGAGAAGCUUAGUACCAUAUGACAAGGUUCUUGUUGUCAACAGUGUCCCUGAUGCGAAAAAAGUUGUUAGGAUGCUUACAGAUCAAUACAGGCAUCUUGUCCAUGCCUGUGACACAGAGGUGGCGAAUAUAGAGGUGAAGCUAGAAACACCUGUUGAUCAUGGAGAAAUAAUAUGUUUUAGCAUCUAUUCUGGACCAGAUGUGGAUUUUGGAAAUGGGAAGUCUUGUAUUUGGGUGGAUGUUCUUGAUGGUGGUGGCAAGGAACUUUUAAUGGAGUUUGCUCCUUUUUUCGAAGACCCCUCCAUCAAAAAGGUUUGGCACAAUUAUAGCUUUGAUAACCAUGUAAUAGAGAACUAUGGGAUUAAGCUUUCUGGUUUCCAUGCCGACACGAUGCACAUGGCUCGCUUGUGGGAUUCAUCAAGGCGGUUAAAAGGUGGUUAUUCUCUUGAAGCACUUUCACAUGACCCAAAGGUCAUGUCUGGGGCCCAACUGAGUGAUGAGAAGGAUUUGAUUGGUAAAAUAUCUAUGAAAACAAUAUUUGGCAGGAAGAAAGUGAAGAAAGAUGGAAGUGACGGGAAAGUGACCAUUAUUGACCCUGUUGAAGUGCUACAAAGAGAAAAGAGAAAACCAUGGAUUUGUUAUUCUGCCUUAGAUUCAAUAAGCACACUGAAGCUUUAUGAGAGUAUGAAAAACCAACUAAGCAAAAAGGAGUGGAAAAUUGAUGGAAAACCAGAACCUGGAACCAUGUUUAAUUUCUAUGAAAAAUAUUGGAGACCAUUUGGUGAGCUUUUAGUUAAGAUGGAAACUGAGGGAAUGUUGGUUAAUCGGGAUUAUUUAGCUGAGAUUGAGAAGUUGGCCAAAGCAGAACAAGAGAUUGCUGCAAACAGAUUUCGUAGGUGGGCGUCUAGGUACUGCCCUGAUGCCAACUACAUGAAUGUGGGAAGUGAUGUGCAACUACGCCAGCUCCUCUUUGGUGGGAUCGCAAAUAGAAAGGACUCCAACCAGUUUCUUCCAACGGAGAAGACUUUCAGAGUUCCAAACAUUGAUGGAGUGAUUGAAGAAGGGAAGAAUACAGCCUCAAAAUUUCGCAAUAUUACUCUGCAUAAUAUUGUUUCCAAUCUUCCAGCUGAGAUUUACACAGCAAGUGGUUGGCCCUCAGUUGGUGGAGAUGCUUUGAAAAUUUUAUCUGGGAAGGUCUCUUCAGAAUUUCAUUUUGUGGAUGACGACCAGGAAGGUGUUGGAGAUGCUUGUGAGACAGUGGAUGCUGAAUAUUUGGGAACACAAGAGGAUAGGUCUGAGGUUGACACAUCUGCUUAUGGAACAGCUUUUAAAGCAUUUGAGAAAGAGGAGAAGGGGAAAGGGAAGGAAGCUUGCCACGCCAUUGCUGCUUUAUGCCAAGUUUGCUCUAUUGAUUCCUUGAUAUCCAACUUCAUCCUUCCUUUGCAGAGCAGUAAUAUAUCAGGCAAGAAUAAGCGAAUUCAUUGUUCUCUAAAUAUCAACACAGAAACGGGGCGUCUGUCCGCGAGGAGGCCUAAUUUACAGAACCAACCUGCUUUGGAGAAAGACCGGUAUAAGAUCCGCCAGGCUUUUGUAGCUGCACCCGGGAAUUCUCUUAUUGUUGCUGAUUAUGGACAGCUCGAACUCAGGAUUCUUGCUCAUCUGUCCAACUGUACAAGUAUGUUGGAUGCCUUCAAAGCUGGUGGAGAUUUUCAUUCAAGGACUGCAAUGAACAUGUACCAGCAUAUUCGUGAUGCCGUUGAGAGUGAAGAAGUGCUACUUGAGUGGGAUCCUCAACCUGGUGAAGAGAAACCCCCAGUUCCAUUAUUGAAGGAUAACUUUGCUUCUGAAAGAAGGAAAGCUAAAAUGCUUAACUUUUCCAUUGCAUAUGGGAAAACUCCAGUUGGGCUUUCCCGGGAUUGGAAGGUAUCGGUUCAGGAAGCAGAAAACACAGUUAAACUGUGGUACAAAGAAAGACAAGAAGUGCUUAUUUGGCAAGAAGAACGUAAAAAAGAAGCUAUAGAAAAUAGAUGUGUUCACACAUUACUUGGACGGGCUCGCCAGUUCCCAGCAGUAUCUCGUGAUAAACGUGCUCUAAGAGGUCAUAUUGAAAGGGCUGCUAUCAAUACACCAGUGCAGGGCAGUGCUGCUGAUGUUGCCAUGUGUGCUAUGUUAGAAAUAUCCAAGAAUGCACGUUUGAAUGAACUUGGGUGGAGGCUGCUUUUACAGGUUCACGAUGAAGUGAUCCUGGAAGGGCCAUCAGAGUCUGCUGAGGAAGCAAAGAAAUUAGUUGUUGAGUGCAUGUCGUUUCCCUUCAACGGAAAGAAUAAUCUUAAAGUCGACCUUGCCGUUGAUGCCAAGUGUGCACAAAACUGGUAUGCCGGCAAGUAGAUGCGGUGGCUAAUCACAAAAUUGGGCUUUUGGUUUGAGACCCUCGACAGUCGGUGUGUUAUGCAUCCAGAGGGCCAGCUAUUUGCAGUGUUUGCUUUAAGUGCUUUCACUCAUAAGAGGUUUUUUUUUGCCCGAGGAAUCGGUUGUUUUAGUCUGUUGAUGUGAAAUUUUCCGGUCAUCAAAGAGUUGAUGUGUCACAUUUCGGCCAAGGAUUACUAGAAGAGGGUUCGGUCUGCUGCUUUGAUGUGCACUGUCAGGUUUAGACCUUUGGGGAAGAAGGCUCAUGGAAGAGCAGGCCUUGUAUAUAUAGAAAUAGUCUACUACCUGUUGAAUUUAACACUCUUCUAAUGCCUUCGUACUUUCUUUGGUGAAACUGAAAAUGUAUAUUUUGAACAAGAGCAUGAAGAUGCAAUACUUAUUAUCCCCUGUCUUCUACA